CCGGAAGUCAGGCGAGGGGCGGUGCGGAACUCGCCGGACGGGAGGGUGGCCGUUAGGGCCGUUGAGUUGGUGGCGGCUCCCAGCACAAGGCUCCAGAUGGAAGCGGCACCAGAUCCCGGGCCGGGGCUCUGCUGCAAGCCUGGCGGGCGGCUGGACAUGAGCCACGGCUUUGUGCACCACAUCCGACGGAACCAGCUCGCCCGGGACGACUAUGACAAGAAGGUGAAGCAGGCGGCCAAGGAGAAGGCGAGGAGGCGGCACACGCCCGCGCCGACGCGGCCCCGCAAGCCCGACCUGCAGGUGUACCUGCCGCGACGCCGAGAUGGCUCUACCCACCCAAGCAACCCAGACUGUGAGGAGUCCGGUGAAAGCAGCAGUAGUGGCAGCUCUGAGCCAGAACCUUCUGGCCAUCAGCUCUUCUGUUUAGAAUAUGAGGCAGACAGCGGAGAGGUCACCUCAGUUAUCGUGUAUCAGGACGAUGAUCCAGCAAGGGUGAGUGAGGAGGUGUCAGCACACACGCCUCUGGAUCCACCCAUGCGAGAGGCCCUCAAGUUGCGCAUCCAGGAGGAGAUUGCAAAGCGCCAGAGGCGACACUGACCAGGCUGAAGGCAUUCUCACCAGGCUGGAUUCACUGCCCAGGGAGCUCACUCCUAGUUUGGGGGUGCCAGGACCAGUCUGAGCUGAUCUUGAGAGUGACACACACACACACACACAGACACACACACACACCCAAGCUCAACAUCCAUAGGAACAGAGUGUUGCAGGGACAGCCCUGCUUUGUAGGCCAUUCUUUCUUGCAUGUUGGCCCAUUUGACCAGCUUAGUAUUCUGGAAUUUGAGAAUUUUGUUUGGCUAACUUGGUGUUCUAGAAGCAUAGAUUCCAGGGAGAGCUGAGCUUUAUGAAACCUUUUGCCAACAUGCUGCUUUCUUACUAAGGUCAUAUGCCGUGGGACACCUAACCACUGCUGCUCCACCCAGCUCAGUGAACCCUAUUUGUUGUUUUACAGUUCAUUUGUUCCUUGCUUCUGCUCACUUCCAUCCAUGUUUUCCUAGACCUUUUUUUCAGCCGUUUCUUUGUUCUUUCCAUUCUCUCAUCUUUGUCUCAGAAUCCAUCAGUUCCAUCGCACCUCCCAAUGUGACUGUGCACCUCCCAACUGCUCAGGACUUUGGAGGUGGGGAGUCCUGGGGGUUCUACCUUUCUGACAAGCUCUUCCGGUAAUUCUCAUACCAAUAAAGUGGGAGAUCUUCAUUUUUGAGACUGACUUGCAAGCAUGUCUCCCUCCCAUUCCAUGGCUUUUGCAAGUUUCUCUCAUACCGCACUGCUUUGCACUGUCUAGAUAAAGAGACAUAGGAAGAUGAUGCCAGAACUCAACUGCAAGGAUUUCUUGCAGCAAAGCCUGCCUUGGUUAGGGCUAUAGGAUUCCAGUUUUCAACCUCAUCCCUAGCUGUAAACAGACCAUCCCCUGCUCAGGCUAAAGGGGAAUUAUCAAAACAAGCUUGAAACUGACUCUCCAAAUGUGAUCUAACAGUCUUGAAUGUAUGUACAAAGGGAAAUUCAACAUGAGCAAUAAUUGCCUAUUUGGAGCCUAGUUGCAAAAAAAAAAAAGGCCUGUACAAUGGGCGGCAAAAUGAGUCUCUCUCAUCUGCCCUGCCCCUGCCCCUGCCCCUGCCCCAUUCUUUCUCCUUUCCUAUCUCCCAAGAGUAUAUAAACUGAGAUCCUUAGAAUAAAAGAUCCUAGGAAUAUCACUGUUUUCACCUCAGUGAACAUUUUCCCUAAUGCAGGGUUAGGCUAAGGUCUGAGAAGUCCACAAGACAUCCUAUGCACUGCAGUUCCAAGCCACUCAGAUUUCCAGCAAUUGACCUAACCUCAGUGACUUGAAGUAUGGGAUUUAAGUGAGCCCAUGAACACUAAGACUUCUUGAAACCAAAGUCCCCCUGCCUCAGGGGUUUUCUCUACAUCAGGGUCUCAAGAUCAGUCUGGCUAUUCCAUCUCAGCGGCUUUUCUCUUAAAGGACACCUGAGGGCACUGUUGGUUUGUGCCCUACAGCCCUGAAAAUCUACCACCUCAGAAAUGAGGCAAGGCAGCUACUUAAACUACAUCAGUAGAACCCAGUGAGCCACAGCUUACAGUGCCCAGAGGAAUUCUGGCAAAGUGAGUGAGGUAGAUAAGUUAGACGGGCCUGGUUGUGAAAGGAGCCAGGGACCGGAGUGUUCCUGGCCCACAGAGCUGGCCCAAGGUUAAAUGCCUUAAACUUGCCAGUCCUGGGCUUGUUUCUACUUUCAGAGGAGAAAGUCUGCCCUCCACUUACUCAGCCAGGCUAGAAGUGCCUUUUGACUUACAAUGUUAACUAUCCUCCAGAGUCUCCGAGUCAAGGAGGCUGUGCCAUACUCUCUCCCCAAUCUUCUGCAGCUCAGAGGACUGGGGAUUUUAGUCUUCCAGCUCUUCAACUGAUCUUCUGACUUGGACAUAGGGUUUCACUGGAACUCUUAGGCUUCCUAGUCUGGAAAUAGUUUUUGGGUCUGUCUUCUCACAACUGGAUGGCCUUUUUUGUGGAUUUAUUACAGAAUUUAGAAACAAGACCAGAAGAGGAGGUUGGGGGCAUGGCACCUGAAAUUUUAGCCUCCAUUCCUGUUUGUGAGAAGGGAAGUGUGUACUUAAUGUCCUUUUAUGUCUGUCAUGUACUCCUCACACUCUCAGGUCAGAGACUGAUGGGAACUCCUUGUUUGUGAACUUUUUUUCUUGAGGCAUUUUGCUUAUCAAGUGUGUAUAAAAUAUUUUCCA